CUGAGGAGGGAGGUGUCUCACCUGGACCGGCAGGUGAGGAGGGUGAGGGAGGGAGCCGAGAAAACCCGCGAGCUGCUGGACACAGAGAGGCGGGAGAGGACGCUGACCGGGCCGGUGCAUGUGCUGCUGCAGGGCGGAUCAGUGCUCGGAAGUCCCGUGGUGUCUCUGUACACCAAUCAGACGGUGUCGGACCCCGCAGGCGCUGACGGAGGCCAUCCUGACCUCAGCUCCUCUGAUGGCGACCGCUCAGCCGCUGCCCGGCUUCACCUCUGUACCCGUUCACCUCCACCUGAAGACUCAGGACGCUGCUGCUGCCGUUUCCCAGAAUCCUCUGCAGUCUGCGCUGACAGCGAACACUCAGGAGAACCUCAGUCCUCAAACCAACACGGCUGCCGAUGGAGAACAGGGAUCAGAGGAAACCUCACCUGUGGCCUCAUCAGACCUCACCUCUGAACCCCAGGAAACUGUGACCAAACUCAGUGAAGACAAACCUGAAGACGAGUCGGCAGGCCUUGCAGGAGGUAACAGCCAGGAGAGAAACAGGAGGAGGAAGGAGAAGCAUCAACAGAAACGAGUCUUCUGCGAGAAAUGCGACAAAGGUUUCCACUACCGCCACCAGCUGAGGCAGCACAUGAGCUGUCACGACAAACCGUUCUCCUGCGAACGCUGCGACAAACGUUUCCGCCGGGAGGAGGCGCUGCAGACUCACCUGCAGGCGCACAACUCGAAGGAGAGGAAACUGUGGCCGUGCAGCCGCUGCGACAAACAGUUCAGACUCCAGGAGAAACUCGAGGCGCACCUGCUUCGCCACGACGGGCAGAAGAAAACCUUCACCUGCUCCGUCUGUGGGAAAACGUACGGGAGGAUGCACCUGCUGAAACGACACGAGGCCGUCCACACCGGCGUCCGCCCGUUCGUCUGCGACACCUGCGGGAAGGGAUUUAUCACCAGGAGCGUCCUCCAGGAGCACCAGUCCAUCCACAGUGGGGAGAAACCCUUCACCUGCGCCACCUGCGGGAAGAACUUCAGGACGUCCGCUCACCUGUUCUCUCACAGGAGGGUGCACUCAGACGAGCGGCCGUUCAGGUGCUCUGACUGCGGGAAGACGUUCAAGCUGAAACGAGCGCUGGUGCAGCAUCAGGUCGUCCACACAGGGGGAGAAACCCCACCUCUGCCAGAUGUGCGGGAUCGGAUUUGGUCUCAAGAACAAUCUCCGGAGGCACCUGCGAGUCCACACAGGUGAGAAACCGUCCAGGUGCGAGGAGUGCGGGGAAGAGUUCUCGGGAAGCUGGGCACUGAAGACCCACAUGCUCGCUCAUGGCGCCAAGAAAUCGUUCAUGUGCGACCUGUGUGGGAAGACAUUUUUCUACAACUCUAAACUCCUGGAGCAUCAGCAGGUGGCGCACCUGGACCGAGAGGUGGUGCCGAGUCGGAAACGGUUCUCCAGCACUGGCGCUUUGAGAGUUCACAAGGAAAACCACGCAGAGGAAAACUGCUUCAUCUGCGCCACCUGUGGGAAGUCUUUCCAUCGUAAAUGUACGUUUGUUUACCACAUGCGGCGACCACGGCGAGGAGAAAUCCAACAGCUGCAGUGAGUGCGGGAAGAGGUUCCUGCAACCGAGCCGCCUGAAGGAGCACCUGACGCUCCACACCGGGGAGAAACGGUACACCUGUGAGCAGUGCGGCAAAGCUUUCAGGACGCGCAACAACUUCUACCGACACGCCAAACUCCACCGAGGAGAGAGACCGUACGAGUGUCAGGUCUGCAGGAGUAAGUUCAGCCAGUCCAACCAGCUGAAGUCGCACAUGCAGAUCCACACCGGGGUGAAACUGUACGGCUGCGACCGCUGCAGUCAGGGCUUCACCAGCUCCAGGCAGCUGAAGAAACACCGCUGUGGAGACGAGUUUCAGAAACAGACACUCGACAGGACGGAGACCAGAGCGCUGACAUGACCUGAGGUUCACUUCUCUCAUCAUGCUGCUCAUCGAGUCACUGUCACUCUUUACUUUAAAAUUUUACUCUAAACUUAAAACCACUGAUGUCUCAGUGAAUUUAUACUUGAACUUCAGAUUUGAUAUUUUACUGUCCAAAUCAACACACUGAAAAAAAUAAGUAUUUAAAUUUAAUUAAAUAUAUUUUUUAAAGUAUGUAUUAAAAAUGUUCUUUUGUGUCUGUAUUUCAUUAUUUUUUCACCUGAGAAUCUCACUUCACUGGUUUUCAACAACUACAGCUCCCAUCAGGCUUUGGAACGUUAAAAUAAUGUUGAAUCAUUUUAUUGUUGAGAUUUGAGAUGUUUGGAUGUUAUUUUUUAUUAUUCUGAACUUUUAAAUGAAGAAAGACUAAAGAAACAUCAGAGCACGAUAAACAACAAUAAAUGAAUCCGUAUAUAAAUCGGUGCGAAGUUUAAUUGGUUUUGCAUCAUCUAAAGUUCAGUUUGUUCACAUAUAUGACUUUGUUUUAUUCCAGGGUUUAACUGCUACUGUUAUUAAAGUUGCUUAGUUUGUUCCUUGGUGGAAGU